UUUCGGGAUUUACGCGUAGCAUUUCACGUUAUAUAUUACACAUAGUUUUUUCGUCGUCCGCCGUCGUCGUUGUGUGCGCUUACUCGUAUAAAACGGAAAAUUAACGGCAAAUAGCGACUAGCGUACGGCCGAUUGUCUGCUUACAAAACAGUGCGAUGCGGUUUGUGAUGCCGUUCUGUGCGUUAAAUGCCGUGCAGUGAGUGCAAAAAUUUUUGUACCGUUAUAUUUUGUGGUCGCGCGUGUAACCGUGCCGCGCGCGUAUGUGUGUGUGCGAGUGUGCAUAUGUGUAACGCCCAUUUGUUUUGGGCCAGCGACAGCUAGCGCCAUACGAAAGUCUCGAAUUGCAGCUGCAAAAGUGGUGCAAGCGAAAAAUUUUCCAGCCGCUGAAAAGUGUGUGUUUUGUGACCCCCGAAAAUUGAAAGAACGCUGCGCCAAUUACGCAAAUACAUGUGGGUGCGUGUGUGUAAGCAAUUAGCGCACGGUGAAAACUGGUGUAGUUAAAGCGUUGUAAAUACAACAACAACAGCAGCAGCCUACACCAAAAACAACGUGAAAAGUGUAUAAAGUGAAGCGCGAACUUAGCAACCAGAACGCGCUCAGCGCACGGCGCGUGGGGUGUAGCCUGAAAGGCGAGCCUGGCGUACGACGUGGCAGUGUUGCAACGCAAAUACAUACAAACACACAUAUAUACAAACUUGCAGUGGCAAUCUGCUUGCAUUUAGCUCGCCGUUCUAGCAUUCGUUUGUCUGCUGGCCGGCUUGCUAAAGCGUUUUCGUACUCCAAAGCAGUUCUGCUGUGUGCGCGCCGCGUCGUAAUGUUGCUAAUUUGAAGUUAAAAGCCUCUUAAAUGUCAAAUCAUAAUUUAUGUGUGCGAGAAGCGUGUGAAAUUUGUGGUCACAAGCGCUAGCUUACAGCGACAAGUGGCAACGCAGUGAAAGCAGUUAAAGUGUGCAUUAAAGUAAACACUGUUUAAACGCAACUAAAACUGCCAAAUUGCUUACUUACAGAGCUUAGGUUGUAGUUUAUGUAUACAACAACAACACUAGCAACUUACUGCAGCCGCUGCACAACAGCAACAGCAGCAGCUUUGCUUAGUCAACGUUUGAAACGAAGCUGCGAGCAAAUACUCUAGCUACUCGUCUAUAAUAAUAAAAUCACAUGCGUAGUACUCAUAAAUAUAUACGGACGACUUAAGCCGGAAGCUGCUGCUCCCACGAAAGAGCUCGUGUGUUUAACGGAAAAGUGAAUUAUAAAAUUGUGAGAAAAACAUAUAACAGUAAGAACGCAAUUGUGAAAAUGUGCAAAAGAUUAACGCUUAACGGUGAAAGAUUUUAAGUGAGUUUCAAAAUAAAAUGCGCAACCACAUAUUGUGGCAUAAAAUAUUGUGCAUGUGUGGCAUAUGCAAAUCCCCAAAAGUUAUAAACCACAAAUUCUUGUCAUAAUACUCUACCGCUUAUGUUUGCUGCUAUAUAAGUUUGCCAAAAAAAUAUAGAAAAUUAGACAAAUCGUGCAAUUACACGCUGAUAACCCAAAAUCUAAGCAACUACUAGCAUAACCUUCAAUUCUACGCUUUCCACAUUUCAUAACUGCCAAGAUGUCCUCGCAAAUCUCCGCACCCUUCUGGUCACUCUGCAUAGUUCUAGCUUGCAUACUUGCCAGCCAUUGCACGCAUUCGUCACGUGCACGCACCAGUCCAUCAACAAUGACGCGCAACAUCGAAGAAGAAAAUGUUCGAUAUAUUUUGGAAGGACCGCCCGUACUGUCCGAAUCCAUCCAAGGCACAUUGGGCCGUUUGCCUUGUAAUGUGACGCCGCCCAUUUUGGAGGAUCGCGUUGCACUCGUAAUUUGGUUUAAAGUGGGUCUGAAGACGCCCAUUUACAGCGUCGAUACGCGCGACUCAAACUUUGCAGAUGGCACACACUGGUCCGAUGAAUCCUAUCGCGAUCGCUUGUCCUUCUCUGUCGAGGGACGUUCGGGGACGCUGGCAAUUAAGAAGACACGACAAGAGGAUACGGGCGAGUAUCGUUGCCGUGUUGACUUUCAAAAGAGUCCGACGCGCAACUCGAAAGUGAAUUUAACUGUCAUAACACCACCUGAGUCAAUAAUAAUCUUAGACAGUAAAGGUGCGACGAUAAAGGACUACAAAUUGGGUCCCUACAAUGAGGGUGCAGUCAUCAAUAUAACCUGUGUGGCGGUUGGCGGACGACCGCAACCGAGAGUCACCUGGUGGAAUGGCAACAAAGAGAUCGACCAAUCCUCGCAUUCAUUGUCAGAUCGGCGUGUCGGCAAUAUACUGACGCUGGGCAAACUGACACGUGAGAAUCUACACAUGCAGCUUACCUGUCAAGCGGCCAACAACAAUUUGACGACGCCAAUUACCAGCACCGUUACCCUUGACUUGAAUCUGCGCCCGUUGAUUGUGAAAUUGGAUGGCGAAAAUCGGCCACUUUCCGCCGAUCACUCGUAUCAGCUGCAUUGUAAUGUUGUCGGCUCGCGACCAGCGCCGACGAUUACCUGGUGGAAGGGCAGCACACCUAUGAAGAAUACACAUGAAGUGGCAAAUCCUGAUGGUAAUAUGACAACGUCAAUAUUGACUUUUACGCCAACCAUCGAUGAUCGCGGCAAAUUCCUGUCGUGUCGCGCCGAACAGAGCAUGAUACCGGAAUCGGGCAUGGAGGACGGUUGGAAAUUGGAUAUUUACCACAUACCCGUUGUGAGCCUGGAGCUCGGCACCAACUCGAUAAACUCAACCUUUCGCGAAGGCAUCGAUGUUUUCUUCGAGUGCAACAUCAAAUCGAAUCCUUGGGUCUACAAAGUCAGUUGGCGCCACAAUGGCAAUAUACUCGAAAAUAAUCUAGGCGAGGGCAUCAUAGUGGCCAAUCAAAGCUUGGUGCUCCAGAAUGUGAGUCGCGCCCGCGCGGGCAUCUACACUUGUGUCGGCAGUAAUCGGGAAGGUGAUGGUGAGAGUAACCCUGUGCAUUUGGAUAUAAGAUUUGCGCCAAUCUGCCGACCCGGUCAACGUUUCGUCUACAGUGCCGGACGACAAGAGACGGUUAAAAUUGCCUGCGAAAUCGAGGCGAAUCCAAUGGAGGCGACAUACAGCUGGAAAUUCAAUGCAACACGCGGCGAGGUAAUCGACAUACCAGCAUCACAAAUCGCUGUGGACCGUGGACGCAGCAUAGCACACUACACGCCCAUAACGGAAAAUGACUAUGGCAUAUUGCUCUGCUGGGCGAGCAAUGAACUUGGCGAUAUGACUGAACCGUGUGUUUACACCGUGACGCCAGCAGGUGAGUGCGAACCGGAUCCAUUGGUUAACUGCACGCUACUCAAUCAAACGUCGACCGGCUUUCAAAUUGAAUGCAUCGAAGGCUUCAAUGGCGGUCUGGAGCAGGAUUUCAUAAUGGAAGUGUAUGUGAACGGAACGACACGCUAUCCGAAAGUUUUUCGAUCAAAAACACCGUAUUUCGAAAUGCGCGGGUUGGUGCCUGGUGCCGGCUACAAUGUCUUCUUGGUGGCGCACAACGAGAAGGGACGCAGCAAUGCAACCAUCCUGCAAGUGUAUACGCUCAAGGAUCCGGAGAAGCAGACGGUCGUUAUUACUUACAAAAAAGGUGGCAUGAUUUCGCCGCCACGCUUUUACGAACCAACAACUGCCACUAGUAUUCUAACAACACAAAUCUACAACAGUACAAUAACAAAAAUUAAAACAGAUAAAAAUCUCUCGCUCGCCUAUGCGCCCGUAAUCGAGGAUAUCCGGCCAUUUCUCGGCAUACUGGUCGGCAUUGUGGGCAGCAUAUUCCUGGUGGCGCUUAUCAUUGUCAUUAUUGUUCGCAUGCGCGGCUCGACGGGACGCGAUCGCAAUAAUUACUCGCAUCCAACGACGACCACUGGGCGUGGCAAUAAUAAUAAUGGCAGCGUCAGCAUCGGUACACUACACAAUGGCCAAUCAAUACAGGAUAUACGCAUCGGUCGGGAUACCUGCCAUGUGACGAGCAGUUUAGAUAGCAUAGACAAGAAUCCGGAUAUAAUACCGCAAGAUGGUCGUGACGAUGAUGAGGAGUGGACCACCAAGGGACAUAAUCGCGCUUAUGCAACAGCCGCGCUGGCGGAGCAGAACGCCGUCAUCACCUCAUCCACGUAUGAUCAUAUAAUGCCAACAUAUGCUGUUGUCGAUAAGAAGUCGGCAGUGCAGCAUUUGCAACAAUUACAACAACAACAACACCAGCAGCAGCAGCAACAUCAACAACAACAACAACCGCCGCCGCCACACGGCCAAUACAUACACUACAAUGCGCUGAUACCGGUGAGCAAAAUGGGCGGAUAUGCUGCGCAGCAGCAGCAACAACAACAGCAACAGGCGCAGCAGCAACUAAAUAAGACUGAUUUAACCUACGCCGAAUUGGCUGGCCCAGGGAAUGGAGCACGCAUGACGCCUUACUGCAGCGCCACCUUGGGUCGUCCACGACAAACGGAACUGAAACGAGCCGAACCGAACAUCUAUUCACAGGUAAUAAAAAUGAUGGACGAUGAUAGUCCGACCGAGUUCGAAGAAAUCGCCAUACAAUGGCCCAAACAAACACACAACCAAACAACCAGUACACAUCCGUUAGUGCAGGCAGCGGCAGCAACAACAACGGCAGUCGCUUAUGUGGCCGGACGUUCGACACGGAUCGAUUUGGCUCAUCAUCCAAUGUACUCGACGAGUCCCAUGUUUGGCGGUCAAACCACCAUAACCGGUGUCACCAUGUCGCAUCCCUCGCAGUUGGCCACAUUCACCCCGCCGCCGCCGUUAUUCACACACAAAGUGAUCGGCGCUGCGCAAACGCAGUCGUUGCCACCAAAUGUUGCAGUGCCGGUGAGCAGCAAUGGGCUGCUGCAGACAGUCACCGCUGGUGGUGGACUUGUGUGUAUGGGUAUGCCGCCACAUUCGGCAGCGGCAGCUGCGUCACUUAUGCAUGCAGCGCAACAACAACAACAGCAGCAACAUCAACAGCCACAAUCGCCACCAACGGGUGUCAACGGCAUGUCAGUGGGCGGUUAUGGAGAUGUGAACUCCAGUCCGGGCAUUCUGAAAACGGUACCAGAGGAAGUACAUCAUCAAAUGAACGGUGAGGAUUUGCUCCUUACAAAGGAUCGCAAUCAUGCAACACGCUUUUGACGGUAAAUUACAAUCAUCGAGACGCUAGAGAUGGCGCAGUAAAAAUACCAUAAACGACAUGGCAGACGAAUAGAAGAAACAAACGCGAAACUAAGCAGCAUAUAAACGAAAAUGUUAACAAAGCAAAAACUGAAAAUGCUAAAACGAGAAACAAAAUAUUUGGCGGAAGAAAAUAUGCAAACAGACUAUAAUAGAAUGUGAUGGAAAUCUAAAUAUAUAAAAUAAUGAGAAGAUAAAAUAAAAGAAUUUCUGUUGAUUAGUAAAGUAUACCACUUCUAAAUACUACUUAGAUAUACACAAAGUAACCCUGCAAGAAUUUUCAAGUAUUUUUGAGAUUCAUACUCGACCAUGAAAGCUCCAUAUAAGGCUAUUAUGUAAUGUAUUUGAGUUUUUUUUUAAGCUUUUGGGUAUUUCUGAGAAAAAUUUGGAGUCUUAAGUGUUAUGCUGAAUAAAUAUUACUUUUUAAAGGAGAAUCAUUACAUUUCUCCUAAAUUCAGUUUUAUUUUCUAGCUGUUUUAAAGGUUUUGUCGGCUUUAUCGGCAGAAAUAAUAGUACUACUUUUUAUACUGUUUUUUUCUUAUAGUUCUGAUCCGCUACUUCAAUUUGAUUUUGUAUCCUCAAAAUCACUACAGAAUCAGAUCUUAACAUAUCUAUUUUAAAUGGAAUUAUUGCUCAAGUUAAGUUCUCUUUCAUAAUAAUUAUUUUACUUAAACGUUUAGUUCUUUUCCACAAUGUGGAAACCUAUAACAAUUUUGUUUCCUUAAUUCUAUAUUUUUAAGAUUAGAAACCGCUUAUAUAUUUCGGUUUUAAUCCAUAGUUUCAGUUCGCUUUUAUGAGUACAUUUGAGUUUCAAAGUUCAUGUUUAACAUGUUGAAUAAUGUUUUACAAGUUCAGUACUGUUUCACAAGUUCAUUACUGCUUCAAAUGUUCGAUUUUGGUUACCAAGUUCAAGUUCAAGAUUGAUAAGCUCAAUACUGUUUCUAAAGUUAAUUACAGUCUCACAAGAUCGGCAUUGUUCCCAUGCUCAGUACCGUUUUAAAACUUCAAACUAGUUUCACAACUUCCAAUUCUUUUCAAAUGUUCAUUUCGGUUUCACAAGUUCAUUACUGUUUCAUAAGUUCAUUACUUUUUCACAAGUUCAUUACAGUUUCAAAUGUUCGAUUUUGAGUGGAAAAGUGUGAAAGUUCAUUACUUUUACAUAAGUUCAAUACCGCUUCAGUUUCACAAGUGCCAUACUGUCUCACAAGUUCAUUAAGAUUUCAUAAGUUCAAUACCGUUUCACAAGUUCAUUACUGUUUCACAAGUUCAUUACUUUUUCAUAAGUUCAAUACCUUUUCGCAAGUUCAAUACUGUUUCAAAUGUUCGAUUUUGAGUGGUAAUUUCAAAACUGUUUCAAACGUUCAUUACUGUUUGAGAAGUUCAAUACCGUUUCAAAACUUCGAAUAUGUUUCACAAGUUCAGUUCUCUUUCUUAAGUGAGGUUCAAAAUACCAUUAUUGACACCCUGUAUAUAAUACAUAGUGUUUAAAACUAUAAAAAGUAAGAAGUUUAGAUAGUUUCUUAAUACCACACACAGCUAAAAGACGAUUUCGAGGUUUACUCCACAAAAGAGUAAUCUAAUGCUUUAAGUGAAACAGUUUAAUUUUGCUCUCUCUAUAUACUCGAUUUUGCUCUCUAUUUCUUUAUUUGAGCUUUGUGAGCAUAAUUAACAAAUGGUUUAUUUUGAAGGCGUAUAGGAUUUAAAUUUUUCUUGAUAAGUAUUUCACUCAUUAUUUCUUGCAGGGAUGCUUUCUACAUAUAAAAAAACUAAAAAUCUCCAAUAUAAAUAACGAACUACACAAAAUAACUGCCAAUAAAGCAUUUCACGCCUAUAAACAUUGGGUGGUGAGUUGACAGCCCCACAGGGAAAUGAGAGAUUUACUGGGAGAAAAAUAUUGCUCAACACUGUACUUUUGCAAUAAUAAGGGCAAGCAUAUACUUCGUUUGUGUCAAGAAACUUUUUAAUGCCAAUAAUUUUUCAAUAUUUUAUUACAAAACUCUUUGUGUACAUAAUAAAUUUAGUAAAUAAUGGAAAAAACUAAUUAAAGAGUGAAAAUAAAUUAAAUAAAAUUAAAAAUAAAAACUUGAACAUUAUUGAGGUAAUAAAAACUAAUUAGUAAUAAGAGAGGAAAUAAAGCUAGAAGUAAAAUAAAGAAAUUUAAAAUUUGAAAACUAUGCCGUUAAAAAAAAAUUAAUGCAAAAUUAUAAAAAAAUAAAAAAAAAGAUACAUAAUAAAAAAAUUAAAAAUAAAUCUUCAUAAGCAAAUCAGAGAGUGAAAUUAAGCACUAAAUUAUAUAUGAAAAAAUUGCGCUAAAAAACAAUAAAAUGUAAUUGUAAUUAAAGUAAUUGUAAUGUAUGACAAAGAAAAGUAAGGUUAAGUUUGCAAACUUCCACAAAAAAGGUGUAAUAAAUCAAAAAGUGCGAGCUGUAUGUGUGCGUGAUGUAACAGUAAAUUGUUUAAAUUAUGAUUGUAAAAUAUAUUUAUGAAAAAAUGGUGGAAAAUGCAGAAAUCGAAUUACCGAAUUGUUAAUAUUGACUAUUUAUUAGCUUUAAGCUUGAAUACACACACACAUACAUACAUACACACACACACACACACAUAUAUAUAUAUAUAUACCUUAAAGUGUAUAUAGUA